AUGCCCGAAUACCACAAAUACAACAUCUUUGGCAACGAGAUCACCCUCGAGGUGCCGAUGUCGACCUUCCUCCUGGCCUUCGUCGGCGCCCUCACGCUCGUGACCUAUGCGUCGUCGCUCGGCCGCUUCCUCUUCUCGAUUGCGGCGGGCUCCGGUGUGCCGCUCACGAGCUUCAAGGCAGCCAAGGGGACGACGUACGCGAUCGUGACGGGCUGUACUUCGGGUAUUGGGCUGGAGUUUGCCCGCCAGCUCGCGGCCGACGGCUUUGGCUUGAUCCUAGUCGGCCGCCGCCAGAGCGCGCUUGACGACCUGGCGCGCGAACUCGAGUCGGCGCACAAGAUUCGCGCCCUGUCGGUCGUCGCCGAUGCCGCUGAUCCCGCCGACCUGCAUGCCGCCGUGAAGCGCAUUGCCGACAUUGCGCGUACAGUCGACACUGGGAUACUUAUCAACAACGUCGGCGCGAGCCACGAGAUGCCCGUCGCGUUCCACGAGACCGACCCCACCGAAAUCGACAACAUUGUCCAGACCAAUAUCUCAUGGACGCUGCAGCUCACCCGCGCCAUUAUGCCCCUUCUCGUGGCCCGCUCCACACCAGGUACCGCUCCCAAGUCGCUCGUCAUGACUAUCGGCUCCCUCAGUGGUCGUAUCCCUUCUCCGCUCCUCGCCGCGUACUCGUGCACAAAGGGCGGCCUCAAGACUUGGAACACUGCGCUGGCCGCCGAGGUUCAGAGCAAGGGCGUCGUUUGUACCAUGGUCUUCCCGGCUUUUGUUGUUUCCAACAUGUCCAAGAUUCGCAAGGCGUCGCUCACGGUCCCCACGCCAGAGAAGUUUGUCAAGUCGACCCUUGGGUCUAUUGGGGCUGCCCGCGGCGCUCAGGGGCGCAUGUACGAGAGUACGCCUUACCCAGCGCACGCGGCCAUGGAUUAUGUCGUCGGUAUCGGAGGUAACGUUACCGAGAACAUUGCGGUCGGCGUCAUCCACUCGAUGCACAAGGACAUCCGCAAGCGCGCCCUCAAGAAGAAGCAGCGCGAGCUCGCAGCCAAAAAGGAGUAA